CCAACUUUAUGGAUUUGACAAACUCUUCAAAAUCUUCAAUCAUUUUUUAAGUAGUCAGUCAUCAACAAUGGAGAACUCGUCCAUUCAGUGCUUAUCAGACAUGGGAAUGGAGGAUCUAAUAUUUAACAACCAAUAUUCAUACAUGAACACCAUAGAUGAAUUCAGUGCACAACAAAUAGCAGCUGCAUUUGGAGAAAAUUUCACUAGACAAUAUUUUUCCUCUAACCAGAGCUUUUCAACUUAUCCAGCAUUUAUGGAAACUCACCAGAGAUCUGUAAAGCAACUCAAAACUACUGAUAGCUGGACUUCAUGUAGGAGAACUGCCGCCGAUCACAAUAAUCAGCACAUAUCGGCUCCUCCCGAGUCUUUUUCUCUAUCCAACUUGAUUUCUUUCGAUAAGAAUGGUCAGACCUCGCCAACAAUUCCUCAUCAGGCGUCCCAGGUCUGUGAAAAUAUAGGUGGUCCUGUCAACCCUAAAGAAGAGGCGGUAGUUCUUCCAGCUGGAAACAAAAGCACGAUGGACCCAUCUGAUGUUUCUUACAUGAACGUGAACUCUGCAUCCGAACAGCAAGGGAAAAAGAAGACUAGUACUGCUGCUACGGAAGAUAAUGAAAAGUCUUGUGCUAAUAAAGAUCAUGUAAUGGCGGAGAGGAAGAGAAGAGAGAAGCUUAACCAGAGGUUUAUAGCUUUGUCUGCUGUAGUUCCAGGCUUAAAAAAGAUGGACAAGGCUUCAGUUCUUGGGGAUGCUAUAAAGUACAUAAAACAGCUUCAAGAAAAAGUGAAACUACUCGAGGAGCAAACUACAAAGAAAACAUUAGAAUCAGUAAUCUUUAUGAAGAAAACUCAAAUUUUUGCUGAUGAUAUUGACUCAUCUUCCUCGAGUGAAAAUUCCGUCGCUGGAUCCACAUAUGGUGAACCAUUACCUGAGAUUGAAGCAAGUGCUUCGCACAAGACUGUUUUGAUAAGAAUUCACUGUCAAAAAAGAAACGGAGUGUUUGUUAAAAUACUUUCACAGAUUGAGAAACUUCAUCUCUCUAUUAUCAGUUCAAAUGCCAUACCAUUUGAUAAUUCAUCUCUUGCUAUAACCUUAACGGCACAGAUGAAUGCUGAACAUUGUAUAACAGUGACGGAUCUUGUUAAGAGUCUGCGUUCAGUUGUUUAAGGGAUCAAGCGAAAAUAAUGAAGAAUUAGUAUCCGACUCGAGUUUAGUUCAUCUUCAUGUCGCCGUUACAUGGAUGAAGCUCAUCACUACUUUAUUUGGCUUUCUGACAUGUAUAUACUAUGUAGCAUUAUCAUCAAGAGGCUAGCUAGCCUUUCAUGCUAUAAUUACUAGAUCCUCCACUCCCGUUUUUUUAGCUCAUUUAGGCAGUAACCCGCAUCCACCUACAUAUGUAAGGUGGUCAGGUGGUGCUUCUUAGCUGUCAAGACUCAACUCAACCAUGUUGCAUCACCCUGCUGGCUCCUGUUCUUAAAACAAUACUUAAUUAAUGGCUUCUUGAAGCAUCUUUUUGUGUGAGUUUGAAAUCUUCGGAUUCUUCGAACAAUCUCUCUCCAUUUCUCUCUAGUCUCUGGUGUGACAACGUAGCGUUAGUUGUAGAUGCUUGCUAGUUUAUCUGUUAUUGAUGUUCAGUGGAGUUUGCUUUGUAAUUAAAUUUGAUAAUUUUGAUGGUUCUAUAGUAAACGGAAAAUUGGUUAUUUG